UUCUAUGGAUUUUUUCCCGAGACCGUUACAAACUUACAAUAUGGAAUGCUUUAACCAAUUUGGUUCAGAUUAUCCACAUAAGUGUCUUCCCUGAGCACAUGUUAAAUUCUACGUACCAGCUAAUAUUCAGUAUUUUGCUCUUUCUUUCAUUGGAGGAAGGAAAAUUAAGGUUUCAGGAAAUUACUCUUUCGUUUGCUCUCGUUGUUUCCUCUGCCUUAAACGACACGAGGGAGGUUCAUGUGUUAAUAGCUGGUGAUUUCUGCUGGCAAUAUGAAAGUGUAUCUCACCUUGAGCUUCAAGGCAGAUAGAGAAGAGAAUCAAACUAUAUAUAAAGGAAGUUAUUUCUCACUGACUGAGCUGAUUUUAUGAACAAUUUUCAGUUUGACACUGUAUUUUUACAUGUGACGUCUCGCCUAAAUCAUGUUUAUAAAAUAAAUAUUUGAAGUCCUUACAGGAUGGAUAAUCGGAAUAAUACUCAACCACUUGUUAUCCACAACGGAACUGGACAAUCCAUGGCUGGCUUUGCUGGGGAUGAUGCUCCAAGGACUGUUUUCCCAAGUAUAAUUGGCCGUCCUCGUCACACAGGCGUCAUGUUUAGAAUGGGACAAAAAGAUGCCUAUAUUGGUGAUGAAGCUCAGUCUAAAAGAGGUAUUUUGACAUUGAGAUAUCCCAUUGAACAUGGCAUAGUAAGAAACUGGGAUGAUAUGGAGACAAUAUGGCAUUGCACAUUUUGCGAGGAACUCCGUGUUGCUCCAGAGGAGCAUCCCGUUCUUCUGACUGAAACGCCACUUAACCCCAAAGCAAACCGAGAGAAAAUGACCGAAAUCAUGUUUGAGACAUUCAAUGUUCCAGCCAUGUAUCUUGCAAUCCAGGCCGUUCUUUCUCUGUAUAGUAGUGGUCGUACAACUGGUAUUGUGCUUGAUGCCGGUGAUGGUGUGACCCACACUGUCCCCAUCUAUGAGGGGCAUGCACUUCCCAAUGCUAUCUCACAGUUAGUUCUUGGUGGUCGUGAUCUUACAGAGUAUCUCACGAAAAUUGUCUUCGAGAGUGGUUGUUUGAGUUUUACGCGUGCUUAUGAAACAGAUAUGUUUCGUCAUAUGAAGGAGAAGAUUGCUUAUGUUGCACUGGAUUUUGAACAGGAGAUUGACAAGGCAAAAAGCUUCCCAAAAUCAUUUGAGAAGGGCUACGAGCUUCCUGAUGGAGAAAUCAUUAAUAUUGGUGCUGAGUGGUUUCGUUGCCCUGAAGUCCUAUUCCAGCCAUCAUUGGCUGGAAUGGAAGCGACAGGAAUUCACGUAAAGGCCUACAACUCAAUCAUGAGAUGCGAUGUUGAUAUUAGGAAAGAUUUAUUCGCAAACAUUGUUCUUACUGGUGGCUCAACAAUGUUUCCUGGCAUAGCAGAACGUAUGAGCAAGGAAAUCACUGCUCUUGCUCCAAGCAGCACGAAGAUCGAGGUGAUUGCACCACCUGAGAGGAAAUACAGCACCUGGAUAGGAGGAUCAAUUCUAGCUUCCCUCAGUAGUUUCAAGAAUAUGUGGAUAAUGAAGGGUGAGUAUGAUGAAUCCGGUCCAGCAAUUGUCAAUCGGAAGUGCUUCUAAGAGUGAUUUGACAACUUUAAUACUUCAAUUGAAUGCUUCAUUUUAUGUCACAGUGACCUGUGUUUUUUAUUGAACUGACACCCAAUCUUGUGAGCAGUCUGUUUUUCUUUCUUUAUUGUUUUCUUUGUAAGGCAGCUAUUUUUAAAGAUGUCUAUUAUUACGUGGAGAGCAGUCCACGAAAAGAUUGCAUCUGAUGUCAGAA